AUGCGAUUACAACCACUAGCCCUCGCUUUUAGCCUCGCGCUGCCCGUCGAUGCCGCUGCUGCUUGGAUCGAACCCUCGCACCGGGACCACCAAGCCGGCCGCCUUCAGCACAGCAACGGCUACCCUAUUCUAAGAUGGCUGCGUGAUACCGCCGUCGAGGCCUUCUUCGGCAAGCAAUUGAGAGAUGACGACCUCGACACCUACGAAAUCAACCCGGCUGUUGCCACGAGGCAUGAGGGUGGCAUCGUAGUUCGGUUCAACGCAACCACCUUGGAGCAGAAGCGCCUCCUCACUGACAUAACCCGGACACUUCAAGCUUUCGACAUCUGGUCCAUCUCGCACGACUAUGUCGACGCAAGAAUAUAUAAUGCCAAGAUAUAUCUCAAGAAGAUUGUCGACCAACUGCCAGAUUCGAUGAAGAAGCCAGAAAUUAUGAUUUACGAUCUGCCCGCCGCCAUCUGGGCCACGUACCCCAAGAAGACAACCGGGGGAUUCAGCUCGAGUUCCCUCGAUGUACUGACAUCCAGGGAAGGAAUGGGUAACCUAUUCUUCAAGGAUUAUCAGAGGCUGUCGGUCGUCACAAGCUGGAUGCGGCUGCUGGAAGCCAUGUUCCCAUCGCUCACAGAGAUGACGAGCAUUGGGAAGUCAUUCGAGGGGAGGGAUAUUCAUGCCCUCCGUGUCGGCGCACGCAGCGAAGAGGAAGAAGAGGGUGGUUCGAGGAAAACCAUACUUGUCACUGGAGGUCUCCAUGGCCGUGAAUGGAUAUCAACCAGCACGGUUACAUAUCUGAUGUGGUCCAUGGUCACCGCCUACGACAAGGACCCAAUGGUCACCAAGCUGCUCGAUAAAUUCGACAUCAUCUUCAUCCCUAUCCUGAACCCCGACGGCUACGAAUACACAUGGCAGGAAGACCGGCUUUGGCGCAAAUCGAGACAGGACACCGGUACAAGCUUUUGCUUUGGCAUGGAUCUUGACCACGCAUUUGGCUAUGAAUGGGCCACGAAUAACAAGGCGGGCCCAUGCUCAGAGAACUACGGAGGCGAUUCCCCCUUCCAUGCCGUGGAAGCGUCGGAGCUGGCAAACUGGGCCAAGAAUCAAACAGCUCAACAUGGAGUCAAGUUUGUGGGUUUCCUCGACAUGCACUCGUACUCGCAGCAGAUCCUGUUCCCUUACUCUUAUACCUGCGCUGCUCAGCCGCCCAACCUCGAAAACUUGAUGGAACUUGGUGUUGGACUGGCAAAGGCCAUACGGCUGUCGAGCGGGGAGGCAUACACAGUGACCUCUGCCUGUGAGAGUGCUACGGCAUACCGAGGAAAAGACGACACCCGCGUGGAAGGCGGCGGUGGCUCGGCUAUUGAUUGGUUCUACCAUGAAAUUGGAGCCAAAUACAGCUACCAAAUCAAGCUCCGCGAUACUGGUAGCUACGGCUUUUUGCUACCGGCUGACCAUAUCGUGCCAACAGGCGAAGAAGUGCUCAAUGCCCUCAAGUAUUUCGGGGACUUUCUCCUCGGCAACAAUGGCAUUGAGAAGGGGGAGUUUGAGGGAAGUGGGCAUGUCCAGAACCCGCCGGCCGAUCAAUGGAGUGAUCUGAAGAGGCGGAGAUAG